CCUGCUGAGAAGGUGAGAAGGUGUUUCCUCCUCCUCCUCCUGGGGCAGCUGCUCUGGGCUGCUGAUUGAGUCAGCCUUAGUCCCUCACUGCACGUCUCCUGAAGUUCAGCCCUGAAACUCGGCUGCCAGGGGAGCUGAAGUCAUCCUACGAAGGUGUCUGAGCCAUACUGGACCCCUCCAGGUAACAUACCUCAGGACCAGGGUUCCCUGCCAGUGUCCAACGGGGAGCCACGUGUGCCCAGCUGGGGCACUGCCCCAGCUGAUGCCCCACAGGGGUCCCCCAUCUCAAGAGGGACUCUGGACCCUGCCCUGCCUCCUCAUGGCGCAUGAGCCAGAGCCUGAGACUGAUGGACUGUUAGACCUCAGCUUCCUGACAGAAGAGGAGCAGGAGGCCAUUGCCGACGUCCUGAAGCGAGAUGCCCACCUUCGCCAGUUGGAGGAGGGCCGGGUCAGCAAGCUCCGGGCCUCGCUGGCAGACCCCGGACAGCUGAAGAUCCUGACGGGAGACUGGUUCCAGGAAGCGCGCUCACAACGGCACCACCAUGCGCACCUUGGCUCUGACCUUGUCCGAGCCUCUAUCCGCAGAAAGAAGAGCUCCAGGGGUGAGAGGAGAUCCCUAGGGUCGGGCUGGCUGCACACAGCCCAGGGCACUGGGUAUACAUGGACAGGAAGAGAGGGACCCUGGUACUGUGUGUCUUUGGGUGGGCACCACCCCUCCCAGGAGCAGGAGGUAAGUGAGCAUCUUCAAAGGCCAGACUUCCUGAGACUGAGGGUUCACAGAACUUCUCACCCAGGCACGGGAGACCAGGCUCCAGGCAGCGAUAGGGAGGCUGAGGCUGCGGCUGCUGAAGAAGAAACUGAAGAGGAGCUGGAGCCCAGGCUCCCCAUGGACAAGGCCCCCCAAGAGAUGCUCAGCAAGGCUGAGGAACCUGAUUCUCCCUCACCGUAUGUCCCCCUAAAGACUUCAGAGCAUGAGGAAGAGCCCCAGGCCCAGGAAGGGGCCCCACAGGUCUACGCGGUGGAGGCGGACCCGGAGCCCAAGCCGCGGUCGCGGGGAGAGGAGCCACCGCCUACUACAGCCCAGACCCAGGCGGCGCCAGAGAUCCUGGAGAACGGAGAGGAGGCUCCGGGGCCCGGCCCCUCACUCGACCGCAUGCUCAGCAGCAGCUCCUCCGUGUCCAGCCUCAACUCCUCCACGCUGAGCGGCAGCCAGUUGAGCCUGUCCGGGGAGGCGGAGGCGGGCGCCGUGCAGGUGUGCGGCUCUGUGCACUUCGCGCUGCGCUACGAGCCGGGCACCGCGGAGCUGCGCGUGCAUGUGAUCCAGUGCCAGGGCCUGGCGGCCGCGCGACGCCGCCGCUCGGACCCCUACGUCAAAAGCUACCUCCUCCCGGAUAAGCAGAGCAAACGCAAGACGGCGGUGAAGAAAAGAAAUCUGAACCCGGUCUUCAAUGAGACUCUGCGGUACUCCGUCCCGCAGGCCGAGCUCCGGGGCCGUGUGCUGAGCCUAUCCGUGUGGCACCGCGAAAGCCUUGGUCGCAACAUCUUUCUGGGCGAAGUCGAAGUGCCUCUGGACACGUGGGACUGGGGCUCUGCAUCCACCUGGCUCCCCCUACAGCCCCGGGUCCCGCCCUCUCCCGACGACCUUCCCAGCCGCGGGCUGCUCUCUCUGUCGGUCAAGUACGUCCCCGCCGGCUCCGAGGGCGCGGGACUGCCCCCCAGCGGGGAGCUGCACUUCUGGGUGAAGGAAGCUCAGGGCCUCGUGCCGCAGCGCUCAGGAACCCUGGAUUCCUACGUACAAUGUUCAGUGCUGCCUGAUGACAGCCGGGCCAGCCGCCAAAGGACAAGGGUGGUGCGACGCAGCCUCAGCCCUGUGUUCAACCAUACCAUGGUUUAUGAUGGCUUCGGGCCUGCUGACCUGCGCCAGGCCUGUGCUGAGCUCUCUCUCUGGGACCAUGGGGCCCUGGCCAGCCGCCAGCUGGGGGGUACACGCCUCAGCCUGGGCACAGGCAGCAGCUAUGGGCUGCAGGUGCCCUGGAUGGAUUCCACACCAGAGGAGAAGCAGCUGUGGCAGACACUCCUGGAGCGACCAUGCGAGUGGGUGGAUGGCCUUCUGCCACUCAGAACCAACCUGGUCCCCAGGACAUAG